AUGCGAGGGCAGCGGGCGGUCUCUCGUCGACACGAGGAACGGGACGCUGAUGACGAAUCCGGCCAGAGACUAUCCAGUCGUCGACGCUCGUUCUACCCGACUUCGCCUCGAUUUGGCUUUCGUCGACGUAGCUUUUCUCGAACUGCUCGUAGACUCGCCAUGUUGAGCCGGCAUGAUGCUUUCCUACACCGGCUCCCUCUCGCGAGCAUCGCGCUCUGGGUUCGCGUCUAUGCGCCGCCGUUUCCAGCCGCCUCGGUUGAGCACGAUUCCGGGGAGGGCGGUCUGCAAGGCUUCAUUCUGUCGAAUUGGCCGGGCCUGACGUUCCUUUCGUCUGCCUGGUCCACCCGCCGAGAUCCAUCGGCCUCGCCUGUCUCUAUGGCCGCCUGGAUUGCAGGAUGCGCUUGGAUAGAAUCGGUUUAUGUGGUCGAGUGA